GUAUCUAGGCCAGUAAGUCUCAUUCAAAAGCCCAAAUCAUGCUGGGAGUUUUGCCCUUGAUCCUCAUCAUCAUGGCGUGGUGAGUUUCUUCUGCGUCUCCCAUGGCGAUUACGGGUCUCGGUUUCGCUUGCAGACCUCACCUCCCUCCCCGUUCUCCUCUUUUCUUCUGCGCUCGCAAGGUUCGGUUCGGUUCUGUUGCGGCCGUCGAGUCGCUCGACGAGACAGAGGCUCUUAACUCAGACGGCAAUCACGAUUUUAUUACUUCUCAUGGAAGAGUUGGCGGCGAUCGUGAGAUGCCGGAAUGGAAGAAGCUGAGCUCCAAAGAUCUCGGGAUCACUGCUUCGAUGAUUGCGAGGCCUACGAGAGUGGUUCUUAAUGGCCUCAGGAGAAAAGGAUAUGACGUUUAUCUUGUGGGAGGUUGUGUGCGGGAUUUUAUUUUGAAGCGUACUCCAAAAGACUUUGACAUAAUAACUUCAGCUGAACUUAGACAGGUGAUGAGAACAUUUUCACAUUGUGAAAUUGUUGGAAAACGGUUUCCCAUUUGCCACGUGCACAUUGAUGAUGCUAUUGUGGAGGUGUCUAGUUUUAGCACUCGUGGGAAAAAGUUCAAUAGGGACUUGGAUUAUGACUUUGGAAUGCGCAGUUGUUGCGAUGAGAAGGAUUAUAUUCGUUGGAAGAAUUGUUUGCAGCGGGACUUCACUAUUAAUGGGUUGAUGUUUGAUCCAUAUGCAAACUUGGUGUAUGAUUACAUGGGAGGAAUGGAAGAUAUUAGAAAAGCUAAAGUGCGGACUGUGAUUCCUGCAACUACUUCUUUUCAGGAGGAUUGCGCUCGCAUUCUUCGUGCUGUUAGAGUUGGUGCCCGUUUGGGCUUUCGUUUUACGAGGGAAACAGCUCAUUCUGUUAAAAAUUUAUCUUGCACGGUAUUAAGACUUGAUAAGGGAAGACUCCUCAUGGAAAUGAACUAUUUGCUAGCAUUUGGUUCUGCUGAGGCUUCUCUGAGGUUAUUAUGGAAAUUUGGGCUUCUAGAGAUACUUCUACCCAUUCAGGCAGCAUAUUUUGUUUGCCAUGGUUUUCGGAGACGUGACAAGAGAACUAACUUGCUUUUGUCUCUGUUUGCUAACAUGGAUAAGCUUCUGUCUCCUGAUCGCCCAUGCCAUAGUAGCUUAUGGGUUGGAAUUUUAGCAUUUCAUAAAGCACUGCUGGACCGACCUAGAAUUCCUUUGGUGGUAGCCGCAUUUUGCCUUGCUGUUUACAAUGGAGGAGAUAUGAUGGAAGCUGUUGACAUAGCCAAGAGGAUCUCCAAGGCCCACGAUGUUCGCUUUCAUGAAUUAUUAGAACCUGAGAAUCUGGAUUCUGAGGAACUAACCAAUGAAGUUCUGGAUCUUGCAGUAUCAGUUAAAGGAGCUCUAUAUAAGAUGACCGAUGAGUAUUAUGUGUCUCAGGCAAUGUCCGAGUACCCGCAAGCACCACGCUCGGACUUGGUGUUUAUACCAUCGGGAUUGUAUUUGAAGGUAUGCAGGAUGUUUGAUUGCAUAAGGCAUGGCAAGGAGAGGGGAUUUGAUCUUAAGCGAGGCAAUAAAAUAGAUUACGAGCUGUUAGCUUUGGGAAGCCUGCAGGAAGUGAGGUAUAUAUUUGCUAGGAUUGUGUUCGACACAGUGUACCCUCUAAACCUAACCUUAAACCAAAACCAAAAUCUAAACCAAGAUCAGGAUUCCGUAUAAAAAUGGUGCCAUUUUACAGAAAGCAAAAAAUAAGAUACCAAGGUAGAGCUCUAUUGUGUCAGUUUAUUAGCCCCUCAGAAUUGGAUAUGUAUACUAGUUUAUUUGUUUAUUUAUUUAAGAGAGACUACUAGAAA